UAUUUGUUUUUGUUUGUAAUUUAUGCCGGUUUUUAUUGAAUUUUUGUCUAGAAGCACCGUCUAAAUUGUUUAUGUUAAAUUGCAAAAAUUAACACCGCAUAAAAUGCAUUUCGAAGAAUUGGAAGCGCUGGAUCCACGGAAUCCCACAUUGACGCGAAUCGAGAUGCCUACUCCGCAUAAGGUGUCUGUGCUGAUUCUAGUUAAGCAGUAUAUAAAGGCCAAGAAAGCUGCCACGGAUUCUGGUAUUCUAUAUCCCACACAAUAUAGACGCAAUUUUUGCAUGUUACUCUUAAAGUUAAUACAAUAUCCCGACAUGACCUACAACGAUUUGUAUCAACUUCUAUGCUCUCCGAAAUUCAAAAUUGAUCCUUUACAUUUGGAGCGAUUCGAAAAGGUCAUGGGGGAUCUAUUCUCUUUGGGCAUAGAGACUUUGUUUGACUUUGCCGAAAUGGACAACAUUGAAAACAUGUUGGCCGAACAAUUGGGAGUGAGUCAGUUCAGUUUGGUUGGCCUAUACAUACGAAGAGUGGGAGUGAUAUUGGAACGUCUUUCAUUUCCGGAAAUGAUGGCAUUACAUAAAAACAUAUGUUUGUAUUAUGAAAAAGGUGUACGCUCUCUGACAAUUGGCCCACGCAAACCACAUUGCGUGCCCUCUUCCAGCGAAGCUACCGCUAAUAUUACUGAUGAAGAGCAUACCAUGGAGGAAUCCGUUUUGGACACCGACACAGUCCAUCAAGAUCGCAAUCCCCAUAGUAAAUGGUCUCCCAAACAGGCACAACUGUUCGUCAAUCAACAGUGUAAUCUAUUGGAAAAGAAUGAACUACGCGCCUUGUCGCCCAUUGAGAUGCAAACGAAAUUGAAUGAAAUCAUCCAGGAUAAUCCCUUGAAUGCAAAGGCCUACUUUCUGGGCUAUAUGAAUCAAUUGCGUUUACGUGAUGUCUUUGGGGCCUUAGAUGCUUUGCAUAGAUCCUUUGACCGCAGUCCUACCCAUAUGAUGGGGCAAAACGACCAAAAAGGCUUUCAAUACUUUAGCGUGAACUUAGCCAUACUGCAUGCCAGUUUCAAUCACAAAAAAGAGGCCUUAAAUGCCCUCAAGGAAUGCAUGAUGCUGGCGCAGGAGUGUGGCGAUAAACGAUGUCUCGAUUUGGCCAAUUCAUGGUAUUGCCUUUUGAACAGCAGCCGUAUUGGUCCCUUUGAAAAGAGUUUGCCUGACAUUCAAGAUCCCGGCCUCAUACAAAGUCUCUCAUUGGCCAUUGAGUUUGUGGUGGCAUUUGGGGCCAAGUGUGGGUUUUUGCCCUUAGAUCUCUUCGAAUUGCUGCUAAAAAGUGAUGAAUUGAAUAAUAAAAAUACCCUAUUAGAACAUAUUUCCGAUUCGUUAGCUUUACGCACCACACUGUGGGUCCUAUAUGGACGCUAUGAAAUGUCUGCCCUGUACUCACAAUUGCUGCUGAAUCUCAAGAAGACAUGGGUAUUUGGAGAUGUCAGCAACUCGGAAAGCGUCAGCAAGGUGUUGGCCAAUCUAUCAUUGUGGUUUAACACUCAAGGGGAACAUCAGCUUAGUGCCGUACUACAACAUCAUGCACGCACCAGAUUUCCUCGUUAUCCAUUUGCUGCCGAUUGGAUGACCAGUGAAUGUCAUAUUGCUAUACAACAAUGCAUUUAUCGUGGGCGUUGGCAGGAAGCUUUGCGUUGGUGUUGUCAACUCUAUUUGCUGGACAAACAUGAUGGCAAUAUACAAAGGGCAGCUGUAUAUAUAGCAAAAAGCUAUAACAACGCAGCUCGCAGAAUCUUACAGAACUUGCUGCAAGAAAACGAUUUGGAUACUUUGAGACAGGUGCGUGUGCUAAUGCUGUUGGCCUAUAACAGCCUAUCGGAUAAGUGCAUAUCAUCGGAAACCAUAGAUCUGCUAAUGCAAGCCUCGGUGAUUGCUGAAGGGGCUUACCUGCAGUAUGAACAUGCCAUGAUAGAUACCAUUUUGGCCCAAGUCCUUUUGCAAAUGGGUUUGCAUCAGAAGGCCUUGCAAGCUUUGCGAAAUUCCAUUGAUACAAUUUAUACAAAUGGUGGCAUUUAUGAUCGAGCGAAAACUGAUUUUAUUUUCACCCGCUGUUUGGUAGCUGCUGGUCGAGAUCGUGAACAACAACACAAACGUUUAUUGAAAUCUUUGCCUGUGCUGGAAAGAGCUAUUGAGGCAUUUCGCAAGCUGGAAGCCCAUGCCAAGGUGUUGGACGUAUUUGCUUACAUAUCGAAGACAUUUAACGCUUUUGGUUUUGUGGCUGAAAGAAAUAAGUAUGCCUGUAAGUUUAAACAGUAUUAUACAGAUAAUCCAGUGCCGAGAGAAUAUUUGGGCAUGGCUUAUUAAUGUUGGUUAAAAAAAAAAUAUUUAGAGGCAGAUUUUCGGUAGU